CUGGUAACGCCCGCAGGAGCGGUCCCUGCAGAAGAAGGUCCCGGAGAAGUGUCACUGGCCCUUAAAGUGGGACCCCGCAGCCCGUUCUUCCCGCGCCAGCGGUCAGCGCCCGCGGUUGAGCGGGCCAGGGCAGGGGAAAUGUUGCAGGAGGAGUCGGAUCUGUCUCUCAUCAUUGCCCAGAUAGUGCAAAAGCUCAAGGGCUCCAACCUGUACGCCCAGCUGGAGCGGCAGGCCUGGGCCAGUCUUCAGAGACCUGAAAUUAAGCUUGAAUCACUAAAAGAAGAUAUUAAGGAAUUCUUUAAAAUAUCAGGUUGGGAGAAGAAGCUUCAUAAUGCUGUUUAUAGUGAACUGAGUGUGUUUCCUUUACCUAGUCAUCCUGCUGCGCCUCCUGAACAUCUCAAGGAACCUUUGGUGUACAUGAGAAAAGCACAGGGAAGUUGGGAAAAAAGAAUUUUGAAGAGUUUAAAUAGUAUGUGCACAGAACUGAGUAUCCCAUUGGCAAGAAAGAGGCCAGUUGGAGAGCAGAAAGAACUUCUCAAUAAAUGGAAUGAAAUGGGGACUGAUGAACCAGAUUUAAGCCUUUUCAGACCUGUUUAUGCACCUAAGGAUUUUCUCGAGGUAUUAAUUAAUCUUCGCAACCCAAAUUAUGAAAAUGGUGAUUCUCUUAGUUUCAGGACUCAUUUGGGUUUAAUCCAAGUUCCUCUGAAAGUAAAAGAUAUCCCUGAACUGAAAGAAUUCUUUGUAGAACUCGGCUUAGGUACAGGACAACUGGGUAUAGAUGAUUCGACAAACGUGCCUCCUGAACUUUUUGAAAAUGAGCAUGUACGUAUUGGGCAAAAAGUUCUCGUGGAGCAAGAUAGCGCCGCUGCCCAGCAGUAUAUUAGACAAGGGAGCCCCACAGCUCUGCGGGCUGAGUUAUGGGCCCUCAUCCUGAAUAUUUCCAGUCAGCCUGAGGAUAUCUUAUAUUAUGAGCAGCUUAAAACCAAUGUGAUACAACAUGACCUUUUGGUGGACAGUCUAAUUUAUAAAGAUGUGAAGCUGACAGCAAGUAAUGAUGAUUAUUAUUUUGUAUUUGAAGAUUAUUUAUAUCAGGUACUACUUUGUUUUUCCCGGGAUACGUCCGUGUUGGCUCACUUUGCGUACAACAGCGCUUCACCACCGAAAUCAUACAUAAGAGGAAAACUCGGACUAGAAGAUUAUGCUGUCUUUUAUCCACCGAAUGGUGUCAUCCCUUUUCAUGGAUUUUCAAUGUAUGUUGCACCACUUUGUUUUCUCUACCAUGAACCUUCCAAAUUGUACCUGAUCUUCCGCGAGAUGUAUGUGCGCUUCUUCUUCAGGCUCCAUUCCAUCUCGUCCCAUCCUUCCGGUAUUGUGUCGCUCUGUUUGCUGUUUGAAACUCUUCUGCAAACAUACCUUCCCCAACUCUUUUAUCAUCUACGGGAAAUUGGGGCUCAACCACUUCGUAUAUCAUUCAAAUGGAUGGUCCGUGCUUUCUCUGGAUACUUAGCUACAGACCAACUCUUGCUUUUAUGGGAUAGAAUCCUAGGAUACAACUCCCUGGAAAUUCUUGCCGUGCUGGCAGCUGCUGUGUUUGCUUUCCGAGCAGUGAACCUGAUGGAGGUGACAUCAUUGGCUGCAGCUGAAGCAGUUCUUGCGGAUCUUUCUACUUUAAAAGUCAUGCCUCUUCUUCAGAUUUUUCUGUUUGCUACCGUUACCUGAUUUUCUUCAAGGUCAGGACAACACAUCUAGUUCCUCAUUAGAAACUAAUCAUGAACUAUGCAAACUCUGCAUAAAACCAAAAUUAAACUUGCAUAUAAGCCAAUAAAGAUCAUGUUCCCUCCUCAGUUAAACCUAAGUAGUUUUUCACUUUUUGAAACAAUAAUUCUGCACACCAAAUAUUGCAUUGCAUGCUGCUGAUUUUCAAAAUGGAAGCAAUAGAGAUAACUUCUGCUAAAUUGAACAUCCUAUAUAUAGAAUCCUAAUUUGUAAAAGGCAUGUAACAUUAGAUGCAAUAGGAGCUAAAGAUAUUGUAAUAAACUCAAGAGGUCAUCAAUUCUCUUAUGUCAGUUUGUAAGUUUCCCUCCAGAUGAUGUGUCAUUUAGUCCAAGAAACUGCUGUUCAUGCAGAGCCAGAGGUGAAGUAGGAUGUGAGAAGACUUGAAAAAGACGAUGCUUUUAAGUGGUCAUUCAAGUAUACUUUGGUCUUCUUAACUUGUCUCUCACUGGAGCUUUUAUGGAUCCUUCUCCACUUCUUUUACCCUGUCUUCUGGGGAAGCUCAAAUAUUGUUGUAUCCGCACGAUGGUAUUUAUUUCAUCACUUUUUCAGGAGAAGUCAAAUAAUUGUGAAGUGAUUCACUUCCAACAUCUCCACCUUGCAUCUUUUGUUUAGAAGACUUGACACUGCUGGGCCUGUGGCCAGGUUCUUUCACUUUGGAGGUAUUACAAAGAAGAUACCUAAGUAUUAAAAGGAGGGAAUGAAAAGUCAGAACCAUAUACACUUUUGGUGAAGCUUAAUUUAAUGAGAUUUACUUCCAGGGCGGAACAGUAAAGAGAGACUAGAAGUAAGUACCAUUUGUUCAAGAACUAGGGAAAUAUGUAAGGCAUCAAUCAGACUUAUUUUGAUCUCUUUCUUUUU